AAUUAUAAAAUUAUUCUCCCGCGAAAAUUCGCAGCCCCUAAUGUGUGAAAAUAAAGCAACCCCCAUCAGAUUCUUCAUCUUAUUAUUUUUUUUCCCACUAUGAAUAUUCAAAUUUCUAAUUUAAUUUCCCUAAAAUUAAAAUUGAAUUGCCAAUGCGCGUGUGCUUAGGCGCAAAUCCAACGUUUGCGGGAAAAGUCAAAGCAUGAGAUAGAUCCAAGUCAAUGUUCAAAGCUAUUGUGGCCUGCCUGCUAAAAAGGAAAAAUCAAAUGCGUGAAUAAUUUGCAUCUACCACUUUCUCAACAUCUUCUCUAAUUAAUUUUUGAUACGCCCACAUCAGCAUCUUCUAUAUUGUAUAUUUAAAGUUAAAGUAAGGCAGCAACUCCUGCUUUUUUAUAUACAUUUAACUUUAUUUCGUUUCAGCUACAGAAAUAAAAAUUGAAUCUUUAUUUUAAUUUUUUAACCAUAAUUUUUGGCCCAAGAACAUUCUGUUUGAACUACAAAGAUUGAAGCUUUUUUUUUUUCUUUCUUCUCCGAUUUUGAAGGUGGUGGACUACAGUUACGCCUCCCACUGUGUGCUGAUUGUGUGUUAUGUCUGAAUCUUGAUCUUCUCUCUCUUGACCUCUGUAUAUUCUUUCUCCAAGCCAUUUUUGGUGAAGUUCUUCUUCUAAUUUAUUCUUUUUUUAUUUUUUAAUUAUUUAGACAGCUGGGUUUUUCGAGUUGUUGGGGGGUUUCAAACUUCAAGCCCUUUCUUGGUGAAAAAGACUCAAUUUUUAACUAAAGACUCAAUUUUUAAUUUUUUUUUAUAAAUUCUGAGAAUUAUCAGUGGUGCAUUUCUGUAUUUGUUCUAAAACAAAAGCCAAGAUCUUAGUUUCAACCAAAGAAUGAAAAGUGGUAGUAAAAAGAAGAUACAUUUCAGCAAGAUCUACUCAUUCAAAUGUGGCAAAAGUGCACCAAAAGAUGAAGACCAGUCCCAGAUUGGGGGACCAGGUUUUUCAAGAGUGGUUUAUUGCAACGAACCAGAUUGUUUGGAUGCAAGUUUCAGACAGUAUGCGACAAAUUAUGUCAGUAGCACCAAAUACACAGCUGCUACUUUCUUGCCCAAAUCUCUGUUUGAGCAGUUUAGGAGAGUUGCUAACUUUUAUUUCUUGGUUACUGGUAUCUUGUCUUUCACAUCACUUGCUCCUUAUUCUGCUGUCAGUGCCAUCAUCCCACUAAUCAUAGUUAUUGGAGCAACCAUGGUUAAAGAGGGUAUUGAAGAUUGGCAUAGAAAUCAGCAGGAUAUUGAGAUGAAUAAUCGAAAGGUUAAGGUGCACCAAGGCGACGGAAGUUUCAAGCAAACCGUGUGGAAAGAUCUAAAAGUAGGCGAUAUAGUAAAGGUUGAAAAAGAUCAAUUCUUUCCAGCAGAUUUAGUCCUUCUCUCAUCGAGUUACGAAGAUGCUGUCUGCUAUGUCGAGACGAUGAAUCUCGACGGGGAGACAAACUUGAAGCUCAAGCAAUCAUUAGACGCCACGGCAUCCUUAAACGACCUCAGAAAUUUCCGAGCCAUCGUCAAAUGCGAAGACCCCAAUGCCAAUUUAUACAGUUUCGUCGGUACAAUGGAAUUUCAAGAAGAACAAUAUUCUCUCUCUCCUCAACAGCUCUUACUCCGAGACUCAAAGCUCCGAAACACGGACCACAUUUACGGAGCCGUUAUUUUCACGGGACACGACACAAAGGUUAUUCAGAACUCGACAAACCCUCCCUCAAAAAGAAGCAAAAUCGAGAAGAAAAUGGAUAGAAUAAUCUAUUUCUUAUUCGGUCUUCUGUUCUUGAUGGCUUUUAUUGGAUCGGUUUAUUUCGGUAUCAAAACGAAAGACGACCUGGAAGGCGGGCAUAAAAGGUGGUAUCUAAAACCACAAGAUGCUGAUGUUUUCUUCGAUCCAAAUCGAGCUCCACUUGCUGCUGUAUUUCACUUCUUGACCGCAUUAUUGCUCUACAGUUAUUUGAUUCCGAUUUCUUUAUACGUCUCGAUAGAAAUUGUUAAAGUACUACAGAGCGUCUUUAUCAAUAGGGAUGUUCAUAUGUACUACGAGGAAGCCGAUAGGCCAGCCCAUGCACGUACUUCGAAUCUGAACGAGGAAUUGGGCCAGGUUCAUACGAUUCUUUCGGAUAAAACGGGCACUUUGACAUGCAAUUCGAUGGAGUUCAUUAAAUGUUCGGUAGCUGGCACUGCUUAUGGAUACGGUUUCACCGAGGUUGAAAAGGCUAUGGCGAAAAGAAACGGUUCUCCGUUGAUUAUAAAGGGGAAAGGUGGAGAGCAACCGUUUGAAAGUCCUAAAAGAUCGUCGGUCAAAGGUUUCAACUUUUUCGACGAGAGAAUGACCAAUGGGAACUGGACGAACGAGAAGCACUCGGAUAUUAUUCAGAAAUUCUUUCGGUUAUUGGCUGUUUGUCAUACUGCAAUACCCGAUGUUGAUGAAAAUACGGGGAAGGUUACUUAUGAAGCUGAGUCACCCGAUGAAUCUGCGUUUGUUAUUGCAGCUAGAGAACUUGGAUUCGAGUUCUUUAAACGAACGCAAACGACUGUUUCGAUUAAUGAGCUGGAUCCCAUUUCUGGAAAAAGAGUCGAAAGAACGUACAAGCUGUUGAAUGUGUUGGAAUUCAAUAGUACGAGAAAGCGAAUGUCUGUGAUAGUAAGAGAUGAGGAAGGGAAGCUGCUGUUACUCUGCAAAGGUGCUGACAGUGUCAUGUUUGAGAGGCUGGCUAAAAAUGGAAGGUAUUUCGAAGAAGAAACUAUAGAGCAUGUGAAUGAGUACGCCGAUGCGGGAUUGAGGACAUUGAUUCUUGCUUAUCGAGAACUUAGCGAAAAUGAAUAUAGAGCGUUCGAUGAGAAAUUCACGGAGGCAAAAAAUUCGAUAAGCGUUGAUCGUGAGACAUUGAUUGAUGAUGUCACCGAAGAAGUGGAAAAAGAUUUGAUUCUUCUCGGUGCUACUGCUGUCGAGGACAAGCUCCAACAAGGGGUUCCGGAAUGUAUCGACAAACUUGCACAAGCGGGAAUAAAAUUAUGGGUUUUGACCGGGGAUAAAAUGGAAACCGCCAUUAACAUCGGAUAUGCUUGUAGCUUACUCAGACAAGGAAUGAAACAAAUUACGAUUAUAUUAGAGAGUCCCGAGAUCAAAUCACUCGAGAAAGAGGGAGAAAAGAAUGCCAUUGCAAAGGCGUCGAAGCAGAGUGUGCUUCGACAAAUUACCGAAGGAAAGGCUCAAGUUGCUAAUUCAAAUAAUUCCGAGGCUUUCGCAUUGAUCAUUGACGGAAAAUCCCUUACGUACGCAUUAGCAGACGAUAUUAAAGAUUUAUUUCUCGAACUCGCAAUCAGCUGUGCUUCUGUUAUUUGCUGCCGCUCGUCGCCAAAACAGAAGGCACUGGUAACAAGACUUGUCAAAGAAGGAACAAGGAAGACAACUUUAGCAAUCGGUGAUGGAGCCAAUGACGUGGGAAUGCUUCAAGAAGCUGAUAUCGGAAUCGGAAUCAGUGGUGUCGAAGGAAUGCAGGCGGUGAUGUCGAGCGAUAUCGCAAUUGCUCAGUUCAGAUUUUUGGAGCGCUUGCUUUUGGUGCAUGGACAUUGGUGCUACCGAAGGAUAUCGACAAUGAUUUGCUACUUCUUCUACAAAAACAUCACUUUCGGUUUCACCGUAUUCUUGUACGAAGCCUACGCGUCGUUUUCCGGACAACCCGCGUACAACGAUUGGUUUUUGUCUCUUUACAAUGUGUUCUUCACUUCAUUACCGGUUAUUGCUCUCGGGGUCUUCGAUCAAGAUGUAUCCGCUCGAUUUUGCCUCAAGUUUCCGUUACUGUACCAAGAAGGCGUACAAAACGUCCUGUUCAGCUGGCGCCGUAUAUUCGGCUGGAUGCUAAACGGAGUAAUAAGCGCCGUCAUAAUCUUCUUCCUCUGCACAACCGCACUGAGUCCGCAAGCCUUCAACAAAGACGGCAAAAUCGCCGAGUACCAAAUCCUAGGCGCGACGAUGUACACGUGCGUCGUAUGGGUGGUCAACUGCCAGAUGGCGCUCGCGAUCAGCUACUUCACGCUGAUCCAGCACGUGGUCAUAUGGGGCGGGAUCGCCCUAUGGUACCUAUUCCUCCUGGCCUACGGGGCGAUGCCGCCCAGUCUUUCCACCACCGCGUACAAGGUGUUUGUCGAGUCGCUCGCGCCGAAUCCGAUGUUCUAUUUAGUGACGCUUUUCGUGGUCGUGUCGGCUCUAGUGCCUUACUUUGUGUACGAUGCGAUCCAGAUGAGAUUCUUUCCGAUGUACCACGGUAUGAUACAGUGGAUAAGGUACGAGGGUCGAGGCGAAGACCCUGAGUUUUGCAGAAUGGUGAGACAGAGGUCGAUUAAGACGACUACCGUCGGCUUUACUGCACGUUCUUUGGCGAGAACAAAUCCUUUGGAAGACAGAUAACGUUGUUAUAAGUAUAUAUAUACGUAGAGGUUUAUAGGAAUGCGAGGUUUUGUACAGGAAGAAGUCUAAUACUCCGACGUGUGCCGUAUGUUUUGUAUCGUACCAACCAUUUUGUUGGCACCUUAGUUUUGUAAAUUUUUUUAUAUUUAUUUAUUCAUUCUUUUUAUGUAGUUUUGUACGAUUCGAUAUUUUUAUCGUUCGGUGGUAAGAAAGGCGUAUACGCUGUAAUAACAGAAUAAGGAAUGAUAUAGAGAGAUAGAGGCUAUGUCUUUUGAUUCUUUAAUGUUGCUUACGAACUACUAAGGCUCGUUUGAAUCGAAUGAUUUGAUA